AUGCUGAGGCGGCGGCCGGGCCCUGAGCCGCCCUCGGACCCCGCAGCGCCUGCGGCUGGGAGGCGGGCGCGGUCCCCCUCCCUGUGCCCGGCUGUGCUUCCUGCAGUUGGCACAGUGGGCACGCGCUUCUUCUUCAGUAAGACGGAGGCGUGCAGCCUGCCCGCCCCUCUGGAAAUGGAGGUAAAUUCCACAGAUAGCCCCAGCACCCAGGGCCCGUCAGCCUGUGGAGCCGCCCUGCCUCUAGCUGCCUCCCCUGCGGGCCUGGAGGGGCUCCCGGGCUGCCCUCCGCCCCUCCUGACCCUGCUCCCCGCGGCCUCCCUUUUCCUUCUCAGGAGCGGACAGAGUCGCCCUCCAGCUCAGAGCCGUGACAGCGGGACCCCUGCCCAGGCCCUUCCAGAAAGCACAGCGUGCCCGGAAGAAGCCUCACAGCGCCUGAAGGCCACGGCGCCAGGCAGGGCCAACAGACACGACGUUUCAGAUGCACUUGCCUGCAGGAGCUUUAUCCUCUUCCUCCGUUUCACAAAUGAGCACGCAGGCUGGGAGAGGCGCUUGUGCCAGUUUGCGUGGCUGGGUGGGGUGACGUCUGACCCCAGGAGUUUCCUGGAGACCGGAAGCUGCCUCUCCACAGACUGA